GAAAAAGAGAAAAAAGAAAAAAAAGAGGUCAAUUUCCGAGUUGAAAUGACCAAUCAUCAUGCAAAUAAUUUCUACUAUUGAUGAAUGUAAGUGAUUAAUAAUACUUCCACCUUCAUACAGACGUGUCUGUCUGGAUUAAUUACUUGUAGGUUAACUAAAAGAGGUAUAACAGAAAAUAGUCAAAGCUCAUAUAUAGCUGACCUACUUUGCUUCUCCUCUCAACACUUUUCUUAUUAUUAGGUGAAAGAGGCCAAAAAUAUUUCCUACCUCCAUCUUCUCUUGGAAUAUUUAAUCUACUAAACUUCACGUAUACAACAUUUUGUAACUUAUACAUAGCGUACACUGCACAAUACGUGAGAGAGGUUCCUCCUUGUAAUUAUUAAGAGGAGUUUGUAAGUUGUUGAUCAAAAGCAAUAGCGUACUGUUUUAGUAACAACUGACAUCAAUGACAGAAACUCAAAGGAUUCAUCCAGUUGUGGACAUGGAAGCACCAGCACCACCACGACCAACAACAACAACAACACUUCCUUUAGUGCCUCGGGGCUCGUUUAAAUCAGAAAAAGGCGAGCCAACGCGGCUUCAGCAGCCAAACGUCAACCAGCCAUUCAGGCGUACCGCUCCUGUAAUGUAUUCGAGACCACCCACUAAGAAGAGAAGUUGCUGUUGCAAAUGCAUUUGCUGGACAAUUAGCCUUAUCAUACUCCUAGUCAUCAUUAUUGCAGCAAUUGCUGGCAUUCUUUACCUUGUUUUCAAACCAAAGAUCCCUCAGUACUCAGUGGACAACCUCAGAAUAUCAGACUUGAGACUCAACUUCGACAUGAGCCUCUAUGCGAAAUUUAAUUUCAGAAUCACUGCAGUGAAUCCCAACAAGAAGAUUGGAAUUUACUAUGAGAAAGGAAGUCAUUUGAGUGUGUGGUACAAGAACACAGAGCUCUGUAAAGGGUCUCUUCCCAAGUUCUAUCAAGGUCAUCAGAACAGAACAGACCUCGAUGUGGCCUUAACUGGGCAAUCACAAUAUGGUAAUACACUGAUGUCUGCAAUUCAAGAGGCAGCACAAAACGGAAGAAUCCCAUUAGAUCUCAAGAUUCAAGUCCCAGUCAGUGUUAAACUUGGGAAGCUCAAGUUGAGAAAGGUGAGAAUAAGGGGAGACUGCUUGCUGAUUGUCGAUAGCCUCUCUGCUAAUAGUUUGGUCCGAAUUAAGGCCAGUACUUGUAAGUUUGGGUUGAAGCUCUAAAAGCUUUUGCAUUCUGCAUUGUAUUCAACAUAUUUGUUUGUUUUGUAGUAUUUACUUUAGGCUUCUAGUGCUGUUGUGUAUUUUAUUUUAUUUUUGGGAUCUCUACUCUUGAUAGUUAAAAUGUUAUUCAUGGACAUUGGGAGAAUUCUAUUACAUUCAUCUAAGCCAAACAUUGGCUAGUGGUUACUACUUGAUUAUGCAUCUUUAAUAUGAAGUGAUUUAUUGCAGAAAAAUUUAGUGCUUAGCUUUUGUUCUUCCCAAUUAGAUUAAGAAAUGUGUUGCUACUUGCUCUUACUUAACACUUUUAUCAAGAAGG